CGACCGAGCACACAGACGCACGCCGCCAGCGCCCGCGCCCGCGCCCUCGCCACCGCUCUGCUGACUAUGCCGUAUGCGGCCACGGCCACGGCCCGCCGCAGUAGCUAGCGACCGCGAGGCAGAGCACGGCACGACGCUGAAUUUCACCGACCUGGGCAGCCCCUUCCAGGGGGGCGGCUCGAGCACGCCGACGCCGACAGUGGCCGCCAUGGCCGACGCGCAGGCGGAACAGCAACAGGCGCAGCCGUCUGCCGGGAAGUCGGCCUUCAUCGAGCUGCAGCAGCAACAGCAGCAGCAGCAGCAGCAACAGCAGCAGCAGCAGCAGCAGUACGGACACGGCGCGAGCCCGCUGCGCUACUCGCAGCACCACGCGCACCACUUCGCGGGCCCCGCGGGUCCCGUGCCUCCGGGCCCGCCCGUGCCGCCGCACCACGUGGACCCUUCCGCCGGCUUCGGCAGCCCGCGAGCGCCGCCGCUAGGCCCCUACCCGUUUCCGACGAUGCACCAGAACUACCCCGGAUACCACCUGGGAUCCUACGCGCCACAGUGUGCUUCGCCACCCAAGGACGAUUGGCUGUACGGGAAGGGAAUAAAAUCGGAACUGCUGGAUGAUCGGCAGUGCGGCGAAAAAUACAAGUGCGGCGGCGACGAAGGCUCGCUGCGGGUGAACGGCAAGGGCAAGAAGAUGCGCAAGCCGCGCACCAUCUACUCCAGUCUCCAGCUCCAGCAGCUCAACAGGCGCUUCCAGCGCACGCAGUACCUGGCGCUGCCCGAGCGCGCAGAGCUCGCCGCUAGCCUAGGCCUCACCCAGACGCAGGUGAAGAUAUGGUUCCAGAACCGGCGCAGCAAGUACAAGAAGAUGAUGAAGGCGGCGCAGCAGGCGGUGACGCAGCCGGCGGGCGGCGGCGGCCAGUCGCAGCACCUGCUGGGCGCCGCGCCGCAGCCGCAGCAGCCGCCGCACGCUCCCCCGGCGCCGAGCCCGCAGCCGCCCGCAGGCUCGCUCAUAGGUACGCUCUCCCACCUCCUACAUGCAUAUGGACAACCGUCGUCUGUUUAG